GAUCAACUCAAGGACCACCUAUGAACAAGAGGUUCUCCUGAGUUCUUCCAAGGAUCAAUUCAAAGAGGUUCUCCUGGGUUCUUCCAAGGAUCAACUCAAUGAACAAGAGGUUCUUCCAAGGAUCAACUCAAGGGGAAGCCAUAAAAUUGGUCCCUUCCAGUUGGUUGCCCAGCUCAAGGAAGGACCAAGCACACAUGACCGUGUCCGGUGGUUUAUUUCAGGCCAGCACCAGCUCAGCUUGCAAGCUUUCCACUUCCCCUUGGAGAACACCGCCAGCUACGUGACCAUCGUCCCUCUGAAGCCCAUGCAACUGAAAACCUUCACGCUCUGCUUCUGGGUCCAGAACAGCAACCAGGGCCGGCAGACUGUCCUCUUCUACUCCACCCCCGAGAGCGAGAACGAGCUGGUCAUCAGCGUGGGCAUGGCGGUGGGCGUGUGGAUCGGGGGCAAGUUCGUGCAGUUCGACCUCCACCGCCGGGCGGAAGACUGGGUCCACCACUGCGUCACCUGGGUCUCCAGCUCGGGCACCAUCAACCUGUGGGUUAACGGUGCCGUGGGCACCGCCCGGAACAUUCAGAAAAACUACAUCAUCCAGAGCGGCGGGACGCCCAUCCUGGGCAAGAGGAAGAACGCCAUGCUGGACGUCUUCGCCGACGCCUUCUCCGGCUGGAUGAGCCACGUCAACCUCUGGAGUUGGCUGCUGGACCAGAAUGACAUCCAGGAGCUCACCCUUUGCAAGCACACCCAGCAAAAGGGGGACGUCUUGGCUUGGGGGGAAACGCACAUGUCCCUCUAUGGCGGGGUGACCUUAGGCCCGGACACCAGCU